AUGCCGCUUGUCUUGUUUAUUGCAUACUUUAUAGGAAUAUUCAGUGUUGAUGCAUUUGAAAAUCUAAGUAGAAGAAACACAACAGUACUCACCCAAAGUUCGACCUACCGCUUCAACAUAGCAUCAAUUGCUAAUGAUGGCGAUGUUCAGAUUACCGAACCCAAAUGCGCUAUCACUGCGCUAAAUCACACUAAAGCAUGGCUGCAGGUCGACUUCGGACAACCCUACAUAAUAAACAAUGUCAAAAUAUAUCACAGGAGAGAAGAUAUACCAUGUAAACUCAAGAGUAAAUGGAAGCAAUAUCGAUUCAGACAGUUCUACCUAGAUGCCUCAAACUUUUCAGCAACACAGACGACAACGUCACAGAGGACUCGUUGUUACACCGAUAACACGACUGCCCCAGACUUACCCACAAACAUUAUAGACAUACCUUGUAAACAGACGGCUAGAUACGUCAUUGUGGAGACCACUUAUGACGCACCUGAAGAUGAUUACCUUGAUGAACACGGGGCGAUCCUUGAAAUAUGUGAAAUAAAAGUAUACGGAUGCGAAGUUGAUACAUAUGGGGUUGACUGCAUGCCAUGCAUCGGGUGUCAAUAUUGUGAUAUAUCCAGCGGUGUAUGUGAUGCAUGUGAAGAAAUGCUAAUGCUUUCACGUUAG